AUGGCGGAGUUUAAUAUCACAGAGACCUAUCUAAGGUUUCUUGCAGAAGAUACCGAGAUGACAAUGCCGAUUGCUGCCAUUGAAGCAUUGGUCACAUUGCUAAGAAUAAAAACGCCCGAAACAGCGGCUGAAAUGAUUAAUACCAUAAAGGGCUCCACGGAAGAACUUAUUGGAUCCAUCCCCAACUCAGUGUCUUUGAGAGCCGGUUGUGAUAUCUUCAUGAGAUUUGUCUUGAGAAAUCUUCAUUUAUAUGGUGAUUGGGAGAGCUGUAAACAACAUUUGAUUGAGAACGGUCAACUUUUCGUGUCCAGAGCCAAGAAGUCCCGUAAUAAGAUUGCAGAAAUAGGGGUGGAUUUCAUAUCCGAUGAUGAUAUUAUUUUGGUACAUGGUUAUUCAAGAGCAGUGUUUUCAUUGUUGAACCACGCAGCCAAUAAGUUCAUUAGAUUUAGAUGUGUGGUGACAGAAUCAAGACCAAGCAUGCAGGGGAACCAGCUAUACUCUUUGCUUGAGCAAAAGGGUAUACCUGUGACCCUGAUUGUCGAUAGUGCAGUUGGUGCGGUGAUCGACAAAGUCGAUAAAGUAUUUGUUGGUGCAGAAGGUGUGGCGGAAUCCGGUGGUAUUAUAAAUCUCGUGGGUACUUACUCUGUAGGUGUACUAGCACAGAAUGCAAGAAAACCAUUUUACGUGGUCACCGAAAGUCACAAGUUCGUUCGUAUGUUUCCGUUGUCCUCUGAUGACUUGCCCAUGGCCGGCCCACCAUUAGACUUCACACGUCGUACAGACGAAUCAGAAAAUGCAUUGCGUGGACCCACCAUCGACUACACCGCUCAAGAAUACAUCACUGCAUUGAUCACGGAUUUGGGGGUCUUGACCCCAAGUGCCGUUUCAGAGGAAUUGAUCAAGAUGUGGUAUGACUGA